AUGAAAAACUCGAAUCUCAGCAAGAGGCUUUAUGAUUGCCUCACAGACGAUUAUAACAACAAACAAAUAAGGCUUGUUGUCUUACCGGACUAUUUUCGCGAGGGGGAUUCUGAUGGCAUUGUGUGCGUGAGCGACGGAAAUGCAAUCGAAAUCAUUUGUUUUAGAACCUUUUACCUCCAAGUCUACAGCGAGGCACGUAAAGUGCUGAAUGACCGCCAAUCUAGCCAGGCCGCCGCAAAUGAAGAAAGAUAUUACCUUGCAACUACCGUUUUACUUUUAAUCACGCCAGAAGAUCAUUCUAAUAUAAGGAGACACGAGGAGCUACUUUUAAAUCGUUUGAAAGACAAAAACUGCAGCGGUCUUUGGAGACGUGACGAAAUUGCCGGGGCUUUUGUUCGACGUGAAUUACAAUUUGUGACAUCAUGCUUAACAUCGUCCCUUGCUCGCGUCAAUAAGUCGCCGUCCCUGUGGCUACUAUACCGGAAGCUGUAUAUUAUAACAAAUUCCCUUUUUCCUACAAUAGAGGCAAAUUACGAAAUGUGUUUUUCCAAGUCGGCAGAGGCUCACUCUUCCAACUACUACUCAUGGCAUACACUUCGAUGGAUGUUUGAUGUUGGUUCAAAACAGCUAAAAGCACGUUUGGCAGAAGCGACCGAAACAUUCUGCUUUAAACAUCCAAAAGAUAGUUCAGCUUGGUGGUCACUCGCCCAUGUGCUUGUUUCUUCUUUCGAUACGCAGAAAAAUUCAAUUGCACAACAAAACAUGCUAACCGCCAAUUACUCGUUGCCCCCUCUCUCGGAACUAAUAUUCGGUUGCGCUUCCUCAACUGAAAUCGAAAGCAAGGUUAAAAAAAUCGUAGAAUAUAUUGAUUAUGCCGAAGUUAGUGAGUAUCCACCUUUUCAAUGCCUAGAGAAGCUCUUUCAGAACCUGAACCAAACUGGCCAGAAGGCUUACGUCGAAAAGUGGCUUUCUCAAGUUGAGGUAUUCGAACGAGAGAACUUCGAGAUUGGCGAAUCAUCGGCUUUGCUUAGCGAUAGACAACUACGAGAAAACGUACUAAUCCAGAGAGAUUUCAAAACACUUGUUAUGAAAAAGAGGUUCGUCCAGCGUUUGUUGCCGCAUAACACGCCGAAGAGCACUCCUUGA